AUGAGGCAAUUGCAGCGGGUGGCGGCCCUGGCGGGCCUUGGCGCCGCCAUGUGGCCUCAGGGAACUACCGCAUGGAUGGCACCAAAUAGGCGCCAUCAUGAAAACCAAUCCGGCAACUUUGGAGCUCCCGUAUCAAUGCUCGAAACCCAAUGGGGUUCUCCUUAUACCGAGAUUGCAGUGUUGAAGACUGAUAAUGCUUUGGAUUUCUUCUUUUCUCGUGUUCUUGGUGACACCGAUGCGGAUCUUCUGCCUAUAAUUGAACACGAAGCAGUGGAAAGCGGAACCCCUGAAGAUAAGGAAGAAUUUUCCUGCAAUCUUACAGGAUACGUAAGAAAAGAAGAGGAAGGUUUGCACUUAACAGUUCGUGGUGUAGAGGCCGAAUCCGACUGUCAGCAGAUGUGCGGACAAGUACCACAAUGUUUGUUAGCUACAUUUGACGGCGCUUUCUGUAAGAUGUAUACAUUUGUAGGUACACUGGAAGAAGGCAAAGGAUCUGUAGUCUUCCAGGGUUGUGACAGUUCAUGCUAUAAGCGCGGCAAACGUCAUGAUGGUGAAGGAAUUAUCCUAGGCAGAACUCCUAAUCCUCAUGUAUGCCAAGCAAUGUGCAGAGCAUCCAAGGGUUGCAUUGGCUUCUCAUGGGAGAAAUCUACAAAACUAUGUACCUCUCAUACAUCAGAAGGAAACUACAAGUCCGCUCGUGGCUUUGUCAGUGGUCCUCGUGAUCUCUGUUCAGUAAAUACACAGCCUGUAGACUAUGCAGGAAGUAUAAGUCUUGCCGAGUUCAGUGGUAAUGGACCUAAUGAUCUUGAGGCAAAGAAUGUUGGCUCUGAAUCUAUCUGCCGUCGCAUGUGUUUAUCAUCCCCUGCAUGCACCUGGGUAACUUAUAAUACAGCAGACUUCAAGUGUUACCUCAAGCCAAGAGAAGGACGUAUUGUACAUUACAAGAAUGGGGAUAGAACAUCCGCAAGAUAUGCUGAUUCAAGUUGCUACCUGAAGAAUGUUAAAUUUACAGCCAGUGCAUACACCUCAGUUCAGAAGGACUAUCUACAAGAGUGUGUGCAUGCAUGCGCUAUGGAUAAGAAAUGCACAAGAUGGUCAUAUAAUACACAGAAGAAAACUUGCCUAAUGUUCAAUGGCGAAGCACCUUAUACAAGCGAUUAUAAUGAGGCGAAUUCAUGGAGUGGUCCUUCUACUGGCUGUGGUCCCGAGCCUCUAUACUUGACACAGAAGGAUGCUCCUGCAUGCAGUAUCCAUGGUGUACGUUAUCAGGGUGUUCCUCUUUCUUCAGUAGCAACCGCUACUGCUAAUGAGUGCCAAGCUGCAUGCCUUGACGCUACAGGAUGCGAAGCCUUUUCUUUUGACUAUAAAGGAAAGAUAUGCUACUUCUAUAUCGCCUCCAAUACAAGACAGACAAUCACCAACUAUAACUUCGUAUCUGGACCUAGACAGUGUGCAGGCUGCCAAGAAAGUGGUAUUGAAUAUAACGACCCAAUUCAAGAAAUAACAAAUGUUGAGACACCCGAAAACUGCCAACUUUUAUGCCAAGCAACAGCUCACUGUGCUCGUUACUCUUUCGUUGCUAAUUCUUGCCGCCUCUUCAACUAUGAAGUAACGUCCAAGAAAAAUGUCUUGGCUAUCAGUGGACCUCGCUACUGCACAGGUGCAUGCGAUUUGAAUGGUUACUUCGCUCCUAAUAAGGAUUACGGAUACCUGAAGGAAACAGAGGCACACACAAAAGAAGAAUGCCGUGCAUUAUGCAAGAAGGACCCCAAAUGCUCCAACUUUACCCACUGGGAGGAUAGGAGAUGCUACCUUAAGGAUGAGGAAUCUUUACGUCUUGUUGGUGUACCGGAAAUUAAGGCAGCCACCGGUUUCUUGACCUGUUCAAGCUGUCUUGCUGAGGGUGUAGGGAUUAAGGUAGAUGACAGCAAGAAUUUAUUAUGGAGAUUAGAGGCAUACAAUGGAGAGGAAUGCCGCUGGAGGUGCGAUAUAAUGAAUUCUUGCACAAGAUUUGUAUACAAUACAUUAACAAAAGUAUGUUCUCUAUUAAAGGGAGAUUCAGUUAAGACCAGUGCUGUUGAAUUAAUCUCCGGUCCUUCUCGUUGCGUUGUAGAUAACUCAUGUUUCUUCCGUAAUACAACAUUGGGAGGAGGGGAAACAGUAAAAAGAGCACAGACAGAGACGGCAGAAGAAUGCCAAGAAUUGUGUGCCAUUAGCCCUCGCUGCACAUACUUCACCUUCGCUGCUGGUCAGUGCUCUCUAUUAGCAGGAAACUUGACAAGCCAAGAGGGAGAGGGAUGGACAUCCGGACCUAAGAAAUGCUUUGCAUUGAAGUCCUUAUGUAACGAGAAGGGUAUAGACUAUGAGGGUGGGGAAUUGAAGAAUGUAACAACUGAGACAGUAGAAGAUUGCCGUCAGCUUUGCUACAAUGAGCCUCAAUGCCGUCUCUAUACUUAUAAGAAGACAGAGAAGACUUGCUCAUUAAAGAGUCUUGAUGCUGUUGCCAACAGAAAGAAAGCUGAUGAAAAUACUCUAUCUGGAUCCAAGUAUGGUUGUGCUAGAUGCGCAAGAGGAGGAUUCUCAUACAGAGGAUACACAAUUACAAAGAUUAACGAAAUCCCUGAUGAGACUUCUUGCCAAUUACAGUGCGAGAACAACAGCAAAUGUCUUGCCUUCUCUUACUUCAGAGAAGAGAAGAUUUGCGAGCUUAAAUCCAAGAUCAAGGAGAUUAAGGUUGAUACAAACGCUGUAUCUGGACCAAGAAGGUGCUAA